AUGUCGGACAUGGACGAGUCCCAGCGGCAGCUCCAGGGGAAUAAGCAAGAGCGAGACAAGGAGAACCGGCCCCGGAAGCGCAGCCACAGCCACUCACCCCAGUGCCGCAGCCGGGACCGCAGGCGCCGCAGCCGCAGCCGGAGGUGCAACCGGGGCCAGCGGAGCGCAUCCUGGGACCGGCAGCGCUGAAGCAAGCCUUUGCCCCGGGGCGCUGCAGGGGAGCCAGGCAGAUGGGGUCGCUCCCCGCGCCGGGAAGAGAAGAAGAAGGUCCGCAAAUACUGGGACGUGCUGCCGCCUGGCUUCGAGCACAUCAGCCCCCUGCAGUACAAGGCCCUGCAGUACAAGGCCCUGCAAGCUGCGGGGCAGAUUCCCGCCACCGCCCUCCUCCCCACCGUGACCCCAGACGGCCUGGCUGCGACCCCUGUGAUGGUGCCGGCUGUGGGCAGCCAGAGGACCAGACAGGCCCGGCGCCUCUACGUGGGCAACAUCCCCUUCGGCAUCACCGAGGAGGCCAUGGGGGACUUCUUCAACGCCCAGAUGCACCUGUGGGGGCUGGCGCAGGCCCCGGGCCGCCCGGUGCCGGCCGUGCAGGUCAACCAGGACAAGAGCUUUGCCUUCCUGGAGCUCCGCUCCGUGGGCGAGACCACCCAGGCCACGGCCUUGGACGGCAUCCUCUUCCAGGGCCAGGCGCUGAAGGUCCGCAGGCCUCACGACUACCAGCCCCUGCCCGGCCUGUCGGAGAGCCCCUCUGUCUGCGUGCCCGGGGUCGUGUCCACGGUGGUCCCGGACUCUGCCCACCAGCUGUUCCUCGGGGGCUUGCCCAGCUCCCUGGGCGACGACCAGGUGAGGGAGCUGCUGGCCGCGUUCGGGCCGCUCAAGGCCUUCCACCUGGUCAGGGACGGCGCCAGCGGGCUCUCCAAGGGCUACGCCUUCUGUGAGUUCCCGGACCCCAGCGUCACGGACCAGGCCAUCGGGGGGCUGGACGGGGUGCAGAUGGGGGACAGGAAACUGCUGGCCCAGAGGGCGAGUGUGGGGGCCCAGACCCCCGGGACCCUGCAGGUGCAGACGGGCGGCCGCCCCACCGAGGUCCUGUGCCUCCUGAACGUGGCGCUGCCCGAGCAGCUGCUGGACGACGAGGAGUGCGAGGACAUCGUGGAGGACGUGCGGGCCGAGUGCAGCAAGUACGGGCCGGGCCGGUCCAUCGAGAUGCCCCGGCCCGUGGCCGGCGUGGACGUGCCCGGCUGCGGGAAGGUCUUCGUGGAGUUCACCUCGGUGUCUGACUGCCAGAACGCCAUGCAGGGCCUGGCAGGUCGCAAGUUCGCCAACAGAGUGGUUGUCACAAAAUACUGUGACCCCGACUCUUACCACCGCCGGGACUUCUGGUAG